AUGCCCAAGAAGGCUUCACAAUAUAAUAGCCAGUCGGAAUUCACUAAAUCUUCCUUGAUUUCAGGCUUUAAAUAUCCGAAAGCUGCGCUUUCGAGACCAUUGCGAGGAUCUUACGAAUACUUGCCUAUCCCUGAGACUCAUCUUCACGAUAAAGUGAUCACCAUCGAUAAAUUUCUCGAUUUCAAAGCAUGUCAAUGCCUUGUAACCACUUUUGAAGGAUCCGGGUUGAUGGGCAAAUUCCAUACCAAGGGAACCAAGGAUUACGCUAAGCGUUCGAAUAAAAGAUUCAGUUGCCACGAUCAAGAAUUUGCUCAACUUCUAUGGGUCAAGCUGUCCGAUUGUUUACUGCAAGAACCACAUAUUGCAAAUGAACUUGGUUUCAAUAAAGCUCAAGGUUUGAAUCCGCAAUUGCGAGUUUACUGCUACGAUAAAGACGAUCAUUUUGACAAACAUUACGACGAUUCCGUACAAGUCCAUAACGUGGGCACUACCCAAUGGACUUUACUAAUCUAUUUAACCGGAGGGGACCCUCUUUCAGGGGGAAAUACGAUAUUUUACGAUGAAUUUACUAAAGCUCCAACGGGGUUCCAUCCUACGCAGGGUUUGGCAUUGCUUCACAAGCAUGGCAAUGAUUGCUUGCUACAUGAAGCUCAGAGAGUUAUCAAAGGACAAAAAUGGGUUCUUAGAAGUGACGUGAUAUUUUGA